AGUGAGGUGUAUUAAAACUUUACUACAACUCAAUUAUUUAGAUCAAUUUUAGAGAUGAUCUUUCUUUUAUUGAAAGAAGAAGAAAAAAGGAAUUUUAUUGGGACCUUCAGGCUACAAACUGUCCCUUAGAAAAAGAUUUGGGAGCAACAACAUCAAGGGAUGAAGACUAAGAAUUCGGGUACUAUGAGUUUCAUGGGAAGUCCUAAUAUGGAAGACAAGGAUGAAGAGAUGUCGAAGUCGGUCUUAUCGGCUUUUCGAGCCAAGGAAGAAGAGAUCGAGAAGAAGAAGAUGGAGGUUAAGGAACGUGUUCAGGCUCAUUUAGGUCGUGUUGAAGAGGAAACUAAGCGUCUAGCUGAGAUUCGCGAGGAACUUGAAGCAUUAGAAGAUCCAAAAAGGAAGGAAGUUGCAUAUGUUCGAAAGAGGAUUGACACUAUCAACAAAGAGCUAAGGCCACUUGGAUUUACAUGCCAGAAGAAGGAACGAGAAUACAAAGAAGCUCUUGAAUCCUUCAAUGAGAAAAGCAAGGAAAAAUCUCAGCUUGUUGCCAAACUAAUGGAGGUAACAAAAUUGGUGAGUGAAAGUGAGACUCUGAGGUUCAAGAAGCUGGAGGAGCUCGGCAAGCAUAUUGAAUCUCUUCAUUGAUUUAUUUUUAUAAUUCUAAUUCAGUAUCAUUAACUGGCUGAUUUUUAGCACUUUUUUCCUUUUUAUUUUGGCGUGGUUCACUAGAAUUGAUUUGUUUGAUUUUGUGUAUUUUAAUAUUUUUGGGGUUACAGAAUUCAUAUUGUUAGCUGGACAUUUUAGAGAACUUGCUCCAUCUGGAAAUUGUUGUGUUCAAAUGUGAAUAAUAUGUGUAUUAUACUUCUAUAAUACUUGAGAAA